CGGUCGAGCCAUCAUUCUCUGCAGUGCCGUUCCAGUAGCGACCAGCGACUUCGAGAAAUAACCCACUGAGCAUCAUGAGCGACGCAGUAGUCGAAACAGCACCCGCUGCACCAGCGGUGGCCUCGCCGAAGAAGGUCCCAGCGGCCAAGAAGACCGGAGCAGCCAAGAAGCCGGCGAAGCCCCGCACUCAUCCUCCAGCGGCCGAGAUGGUCCUGGCUGCCAUCACCGCUCUCAAGGACAAAAAAGGAUCGUCCCUUCAAGCCAUCAAGAAGUACAUCGCCGCUACCUACAAGUGCGACGUUGACAAGCAGUCGACCUUUAUCAGGAAGUAUCUGAAGUCCGCCGUAGAAAAGAAGGUGAUCGUGCAGACUAAAGGAUCCGGAGCUUCCGGUAGCUUCAAGCUCGCUGGCAAAGUCGAGGGUGAGAAGAAGGUCGUGAAGAAACCUGCAGCCGCCAAGAAGCCAGCAGCGAAGAAACCAGCUGGCGAGAAGAAAGCAGCAACGAAAAAACCGGUUGCUAAAAAACCAGCGGGAGAAAAGAAAGCAGUUGCAGCUAAAAAACCAGUUGCCGCUAAGAAACCCAAAGCUGCUGAGAAGCCCAAAGCUGCCAAGACCGCCAAAGUUGCAAAAUCUCCUGCAAAGUCCAAAAAGAGCGGAAAAGCCCCGGCUGCCGUGAAACCCAAGGCACCUAAACCAAAGAAGGCCGUGGCGCCCAAAGCUGCUAAACCAAAAGCUGCAGCCAAGAAGUAAACAAUGAAUAUUCAAUCGGCCCUUUUUAGGGCCCAUUUUUUUCUCUAUAAAUCAAACGGCCCUUUUCAGG